CGCUCGGUUUUCUUGUUCACUUUUGUUUCGUACAACGCGUACAAAGCUACCGUACUAGUGACAUUUUUCUAUUUCUUUCGUUUUUAUUUUCACUUUUCAGUGCCGUGACUUUACAAUUCCAAUUAGUUGCAAAAGUUCAAAAAAUCAGCAAACAGGUAUCCGCGUUGCAUAAUGGAGCGCACGGAAUAGGCCAGGCGCAACCCCGCGGAGGAGAAAGCGCGCAGGAAGAAAGGGCGGCGCGUUGCGCAAACGGUUGAUGCAGCGAGCGUAAUGGCGAGUAGUUCAUUCGGACAGCAACUGGUUCGGCUGAGCGCGGCCACGUGCUCGCCGAGAGGCAGCCGCGGCAUGGAGAGCAUCGCCAGCGCGGAGUUCGGCCGAGCGGCGGUCAGACCCUACGCCGACAUCCCGGGGCCACGGCCCAUCCCACUUUUGGGCAACACCUGGAGGUUCAUUCCGUUCAUAGGUGACUUCAAGAUCUGCGAGGUGGACAAGGUGUCGAAGCGGCUGCACGAGCGGUACGGCGACGUGGUGAAGAUCGAGGGCCUGCUCAACCGGCCCGACAUGGUCUUCGUGUACGACGCCGACGAGAUCGAGCGGAUCUUCCGCCAGGAGGAGAAGAUGCCGCACCGACCCAAGAUGCCCUCCCUCGACUACUACAAGCACACGCUGCGCAAGCACGUGUUCAGCGACAGCAAUCCCGGCGUCAUCGCCGUGCACGGCGAGGGCUGGUACAACUUCCGGAGCAAGGUGCAGCAGGUGAUGCUGCAGCCGCGCACCGCGCGCAUGUACAUCGGCAGCAUCGAGCAGGCCAGCCAGGCGUUCCUCGACAGGAUCGAGAGGAUCAAGGACGAGGCGGACGAGGUGCCCGGUGACUUCCUCCACGAGAUACACAAGUGGUCGCUCGAGGCCGAGUGCUCGCGAACCGGCAGCCAUCGCGAGCGUGGCGCUGGACGUGCGACUGGGCUGCCUGGACGAGGAGCGCGCGCCCGAGGAGACGCAGCGGCUGAUCGACGCGGUGCUGAGCUUCUUCAAGCACGUCGGCCCGCUCGAGCUCAAGAUCCCCUUCUGGAAGCUGUUCCCGACGCCCGCCUGGCGGGCCUACAUCGGCGCCCUCGACACCAUCCUCAGCACCACGUCCAAGUACGCGCGGCAGGCGCUCGAGAGGUCGCGGCAGGCCGUGGCGGCCACCAGCGGGGCCCCGCCGCACGAGCUGUCGCUGCUGGAGCGCGUGCUGCAGAUCGAGGGCAGCCCGCAGCUCGCCACGGUGCUCGCCUUCGACCUGUUCCUCGUCGGCAUCGACACGACGUCCAACUCGGUCGCGUCCGUGCUGUACCAGUUGGCCCAGAAUCCCGACAAGCAGCGAGCGCUGCGCGAGGAGGUGCGCAGGGUGUUGCCGCCGGACGGGAGGAUCGAGUCGGCGCACAUCGACCAGCUCAAGUAUCUGAAGGCCUGCGUGAGGGAGACGCAGAGGAUGUACCCGGUGGUGAUCGGCAACGGGCGCUGCAUGCAGACCGACACGGUGAUCGGCGGCUACCUCGUGCCCAAAGGCGUGCACGUGGUGUUCCAGCACUACGUCAUCAGCAACAGCGAGCGCUACUUCCGACGCAGCGCCAGCUUUCUGCCCGAGCGCUGGCUGGGCGGCGGCGGCCCCGAGGCGCCGCGGCACGCCUUCGCCUCGCUGCCCUUCGGCUACGGACGGCGCAUGUGCCUCGGACGCAGGUUCGCCGAGCUCGAGAUCCUCGUCGUCCUCAGCAAGAUCUUCCGGAAGUACCGAGUGGAGUACCACCACGAGAAGCUGGAGUACCACAUCGAGCCGAUGUACACGCCGAGGGGACCACUGAAAUUGAAAUUCGUGCGGAUGUGAACGGCUUCGAGAAGCGAGGCCUGUGCGGACGUCUCCCGCUCUCGAGGCUUCAUUUAUUUGCUCUUACUACACACACGCUAUUACAUGAAUAGAGACAGAAGUCGAUAUGUACACAGCAACGCGUUCGGCAAACGCGCUCGAGCGAGAGGACAAUAAAAUCCAUUAAAAGCGUAAGAUUCCACGUUGGCUGCACUGUGCAAUGGGCUGGGCUGGCUUCUCUCCC